CUUGACAGCUUAGUAUAUGAAUGAUGUAGACAAGGAUUCUCUGAAAGGCAAGUGCUCAGUCUAAUAUCCCAAGCAGUAAUUGUCAAUCUUCAAUACAAGGUUACAUACCAGGAGCAGUUUUUUAGUUAAUACAGUAGUAACAGUGCUUAAUAAACAUAGCAGCUAUUAUAUAGCUAUAUAUAUAUAUGGCUGAGGAAUCUCUCAUAAUAAAGCUGUAGAAAGAAUUACGUUAGCUUAUAAUGCCGGUCUGCAGCAGCUCAAUUUGUUUCUCCCUUGACUAGCACAGCAAGCAUUGUCCUUUUGCUUCCAAGUAUCUUAAAUGUGAUUGUAUGCUGGCCAAAGAGGCCAGUAGCCUUUUAUAACCUGUAUGAUACUGAAAAUACACAGUCCCCCUUCCCAAAUUAAGGUGUGUUAAUUGCUCUGUAGAGUACAAUUAUUUUUCACUUUUUGAGAGUCCCUCUGAUGGUUCAGCUGAACAGCUUUCUCCUUUUUUGUUUCCUCUGUUUCAAAGCUUUAGAGUACACUACAUGAAUAUCUCAGUACCGUGACACUUCCCACUUUACAGUUUCAGUCUUAAGUGACACUGAUGAGUUCUUCCAAAGCUGGCAUACUGAUUGCUCUUCAAAUGUUGUGUGCAAUUUUUCAAUGAUAUGAAACAGACGGUCAUGUUUAAAAAAUGUCUCGGACCUGUUUGUGAUGGGAGGAGCUCUUGUUCUAGAAUCUGCAGCUCUUUUGCACUGGCUAGAGAGAGAAGGCUAUGGACCGCUAGGGAUGACUGGAAUAUCCAUGGGAGGACAUAUGGCUUCACUGGCCGUGACGAACUGGCCUAAACCACUGCCAUUGAUUCCAUGUCUUUCCUGGUCAACAGCUUCUGCAGUCUUUACUACGGGUGUGUUGAGCAAGGCAGUGAACUGGAGAGAGCUGGAGAAACAGUAUUUUACGCAAACUGUUUAUGAAGAAGAAAUCAUUCAGAUGCUUGAAUACUGUGGAACAGAUUCUUUCAAGAUGGGACAAGACUUUGUUAAAAACUUCCCUGACAGUGUCGACAGUCUGGAAGACAUAGAUGUGACUUCCAGAAUGUUCAACCUUGAUUCCUCGAGCAAGUCUGUAUCUAAAGAAGCUGUCCACAGCUUUACCACAAAUAAAAGUACUCUAAGUGCCUCAUCAGAAAGACUCUUAAUACAAGAUGCUCCUAAAAUGCAAUGCAUGAAUCAAACAUUUUCAACCAGUAGCAGCAGCAAUAAAAACUUAAACAGCCAACAUGGACAGAGGAUAAAUAAUAGAAGAAGGAGUGAGACUUUACAGAGAGAAUCCUUAAGGUUCAUGAAAGGAGUAAUGGAUGAAUGUACCCAUGUAGCUAACUUUUCAGUUCCAGUUGACCCAAGUUUAAUCAUAGUUGUACAAGCUAAGGAGGAUGCAUAUAUUCCUCGAACUGGGGUGCGCAGUCUUCAGGAAAUCUGGCCUGGAUGUGAAAUCAGGUAUCUGGAAGGAGGUCAUGUCAGUGCCUACCUCUUCAAACAAGGACUCUUUAGGCAAGCAAUUUAUGAUGCGUUUGACCGCUUUCUUCAGAAAUACGCUGUUUAACAAUUUUCAGAAUGUAUUCAAAUGGAUCUCAUUUGUAUUUCCCCUUACUGGAACUCAUAUUUGGAAAACAAGCCUCUUACAAUGUUGAGUAGAUGGUCACUUACUUUGAAUGUUGUAGGUAACAAUUAUAAAAAAAAACAAAACAACAACACGUAAAGUACCAGUAUUACUUUCAUGUCAACCAAGUGCCAUUCAGACAUGUUUCAGCUUUACCUGUGAAAAAGCAAUGACAGCAUUUGUCAGUGCAUGAAUGGUUCGUGUACUUCAUAUUUAAUUACAUUUUGUAUUCCUUUAAUUCUGUAUUUGUUGAAAAUAGAUCAAUUUAAGUAUUGAUAAAAUGUAAAAUUUGAUGCAGGGCUAAGAUGUUGUCUUGCAUUUAGUGUAUUUAUAGUUUGUUCCAGCUAUUUUGUUCUCCUCUUGCUUCCUUGGCACCUUGGUAUUCCUAUUGCAUUUUACUAUGGCUUCGCCAACACUGCCUCUUGUGUUUGUCACUAUUUUCUCUUUUAUGAAUUGGAAAUGAGCUAUAGUGGAAGGGGCAGAAUCAAAUCUCACAAAAAGAGCUUGUAAAAAUGGAAUGCAGGGUGAGAGAAAGACAUUUUCAUUCAAUGCAUCCAUUAGAUUUUUCUGCCACUGAAUUAAACCGUGCCAUUCUGGAAGAGUCAUGUAGCUAUUCAUUGGUUGGUUUCACAGAACUGAAAUAAUUGUAAAUGGAGCACCCAGUAAUUCAUAUUUUACAUACAUUCAGUUGGAUAUUAAAGUUUUUCUAGUAGUUUUUUUUUAAUUGCUAAAGGGAAUGAAAAUGUAAUAAUUUUUCUGUAGAAACAGUGGCAGAAAGAGUCUGAUUCUAAGCAGUUAAAUCAACAGCAGAUUAUAUGGUGCUAUAAACACCUGUUUGAAACAUUUCAGCAGGGGUCCUUUUUAAAAUGCACUCACUACUGAUAUGCAAAAUACAGUAUAAUAUUGUAUAAUUUUUUAAAUGUAUGCGAGACUAAGGGUUAUCAAAACAGUUACAUUGGCUCCUUACUUUUCAGCAGUGUAUUUUUAAUGGAUGUAAAAAAAAAAAAAAAAGUUAGGUUUAAGAAAAGCUUAAACUUGUUUAAGGAAAUCCAAAACGUGUUGUUUCCUCUUUUGGAAUGAAAAAUGCCAAGAAACUACAGUAAAAACAAAGGUCAUCAUGCAUCAGCUGUAUCUGGUAGCUGCAUCUUAUGUUGUGGUUAUGUCGUGUAUCGUUCUUUUGAAGCAAGUUUGCAGAGAAGCUGAAGGCCAAAACACUUCAGUUACUAAUUUAAGUACAGUAAUGACAGGAGUUACACAGAAAUAAACGGUAAAAUCCAGAUAGUUCUGGAGAUACGUGACUUUUGUACCUUUCAAAUCAAGCACUUUGAUCUUCAUGGGUACCAUAAUGGUUUUUAAUAGUCAGUGUGAAGCAAUCAAAACUGAGUUUGUUUAAAUAUAUAGUCUUGAAUUUCAGUCUGGCAGACAGAACAAGUAACUGGGAAUGAAUCAUGGUUCACUUGAAAAUCGGUAAGUUCAGAUAAAACUGAAAUGCAGCAAUUUGUAAUAACCGAAGUCAAUUAGCAUCCAAAUUUCCUGAAAAUGCAAAAAGUUAUAAUAUAUUGGAAGUUACAUUUCUUGUUUCAAGUGGUUUUUUAUCAUUUCUUUAGGCGUUGUUGGUUUUAUAUAUAUUGGGAGCAAGUAUGAAGUGACUAGUGUGUUUAAAUAUUUGAAAAUACUGACUGUUGGAAGGUUUGAAAUCAAUUAUUUGCAAGCUCAAAAAUCUAAAAUUAAAUGCCUGAAUACUAACCUCAAAGUUUUAUGGGUUUUGACUUGAUACAAGCUCAGUUGUCACCCUUAGCUCAGUUGUCAGCUAAGGGUGUUUUACACUGUUUGCUGUUCGCCAAAUUGUUUUUGUCUCUGGUUGGUCCCAUUUGAAUGUAUCUGUGUGCUUUAUGUCCUGUUUCUGUUGCAGCUAUGAAAGAAAGGGACAUAACUGGUGGCAAAGGAAGGGGCUUGAAUAAAUGGAAGAGAGAAAAGAUAGAGUUUAUAAGGCCAGGAGUAAGCCUAAAGAAUCAACUUCUCUACGCUGUGAAGUAUACAUGCCAAUGUAAAUAUUUUCAAAGAGCACAAUACAAGGAGUUACACAACUUAUAAAAACUUGACAUUCUGAGGUUAAUGUUCUGAUGAUACUACUACUGAGGCUUAACUUUCCUUAAGGGCAUGCCAUUCAAUGAAGCAGAUUUAUAUUGAUGUAACUCCUGUUCCCGAGAAAGUCUUUUGAAAGUAGUGAAGAACUGGUCUCUAACAAGUGAGAAAUCACACUUUGCUACGUAACUAAAGUAGCGUUGCCAAAUAUAAGAGUCCAGUAAGAAGCAUUUAAGAAAUUUCUCAGAA